AUGAACGCCAGAGCAGAAGACUUUGUCAAACCAGACCACUAUGCAUAUCCAUGUGACGAGUCCAAGUGCCGGGGGACUCGAGCUCAUCCCUGGGUGGACAAUGACACUGAAUACACUUGCUGGGUAGCGCAGAACGUGGAGGAAUUUGAUCUACAAGAUCUAGCACGGGCCUACUGUGCCGAUGACUAUGUUGGAAGACUCGUCACGUCCGUGCCGCCCAUGCAAGUCGACGGAGAAAUGAGAAACUGGUACACUUGCUGUCCCGUCCAAUACACGGGCCCCGUCACGGACACAUGCAGUGAUACAGCGUGUUCCAGCCCCGAUUGGGAGGGCGGGGGAAACUGUUGGGCCGAUGGAUUCCAAGAACCCAUGUCCUGCGGAGAUUCCAAGUUUAGGCAUCCACGAUAUACAGGAAUGAUGAGCCUCAUUUACGUACAGUACUUGUGCUGCGACGCACCAGAGGCCAACGAUCCAUUCAUGGAUGAGCUAUUGCUCGCACGCAUCAUUUGGAUGGUACUUUCCUCCAUCACCUUUGUCGUAUGUUCCGUAUUCAUUGCUGGGAUUCUCAUUUCCUCCCGUGCAAGAUCGCAAGGAUACAAUCUGUACUUGGUAUUCUUGGCCACACCAGAUGCCAUUGCCAACCUCUUGAUACUUGUACGAAAUGCUCUCACCAUCAAGGGGGCGCCAGUCAGUCCCACUCUAUUUGUCCUACUUGCCUCCUUUGAGUACUUUUAUGCAGCAUCAAACAUGUGGCUCAAUGGAGUCAUUGUCUACCAAAUCCACUACGUGCUGCAAAAGAGCAAUCAAUUCGUCAAGGUCCCACCACCAACCGUUCAACACGUCUGCAAACAAGUCGCGGCCACAUACUUUGUGGCUGCACUCUUCUUCGGAUGGGCCAUGUUCUUGUAUCUACGAGGACUGGUCGUCUUCUCCUUGUCGACCGUCGUCAACGUGUGGAUUGGAACACGUGUUGUCAUGGUGGCCCCGCCCUUCUUUUAUGUAUCCUACGUUGGCAUCGACGUAUGGUACCGAAACCUACUUCCAGCUUCCGGACGAACCAGAGUCCUGUCCCUCUACUUCUUGCGAGUCAUUAUCGUCUUCAUGUUGACUUGGAUCCCAUACUUUAUCAUCUACGAGAUUGCGUGGAACGUCACGCAUUCACGUUGGAUGGUCCAUUGCUCUUAUUACUUGGGCUCUCUGCAAGGACUUGUAUCGGUUGCAGUGGCCAUGAGUAAACCAGACGUCAAACGAGCAGUGUUGAGGUUUCUCAAUUGCCAGUGCCGCACUCCCGACAUUGCCGGUCCCGAAGGUGGAGCUUGGGGCACCACUUCCAGGACACAGCAUCAGAGCAUUUUUGCCUUUAGUCGAAUCAUGGGAUCUGGCCAUCUGGGUAUCCGAUCAGCGACGUUCAACGUUUCCGACAGCAACCCUCAUCGGUCCACGGAAUUUUCCCUUGGAAACUCACAGGAUGGGGGUCUUGUACAAAUUAGAAGAGAAGGAGAAGAUGCGCUGUCAGAUGGCAACGUUCUGGCUGGUGCAGGCGCUGUAGGGUUCACACCGAAUCAUACUUUGAGCGUCUGGGAUCAGGAAGAUAAAUGGGACGAUGGCGAAGACGCCGAAGAUAUGGCAAUCGCGAUUGCAGGGGAAAACAAGACCGCAGUAGCCGCCACAGGUAUUCCUGACAAAACAAACUUGGUCACUCAUCAGGAAAACACCCAGGAAGAUCUAUGGAAAGAUCAUGGCGAUGAAGGGGAAAUGGCAAAGGAACUUGCAAAGGAAAACGAGGCCGCAGUUGCCGCUACGACCACUAAUACUUCUGAAGCGAGUCCUGUUGCUGACGACAACAACGACUCUUUUAGAAACGAGUGA